AAAAAUAGCAUUGUGAAAGACAAGCAUGCUGUCCCAGUGACUCUGCAGAAGACAACGUGUCCCCCAUUUCAAACAGCCGCAACAAAAUAGACUGCCUUCUAAGCAAGUACUAUGAAUAAUGUAUGAUUUCUGCUUUCAUUCGCAGGCAGGUAAACACUGAAAACAUCUGUUGGUUGGCCCUGAAUGCAUUAAGGCCAUAGGUCAGAGUGUCGUCAUGGUGCGUAAUGUAGACGACCUAGACUUCUGCCUCUCUUCCCAUCCGCAGAGCAUCUUGGAGGGCCUGCGCUCCCUCUGUUCUCAACCCAAACUUGUGGAUGUCACCUUGUGCGCUGGUGGACAGGAUUUCCCCUGUCACCGGGGAAUCCUUGCACUCUGCAGCCAUUACUUCCGUUCCAUGUUCUCAGGAGAUUUCGUGGAGAGCAUUGCUGCUCGUGUCGAGCUUCAUGAUGUAGAUCCGAAUGUAUUGUCAACACUGUUGGACUUUGCUUAUACAGGGAAACUCACCAUCAACAAAAACAACGUGGAGGGACUCAUCUGCACGUCCAGUCAGCUUCAGUUCCACACCGUCCGUUCUGUAUGCAGCCGAUAUUUGCAGCACCAGAUAGAUGCCACAAACUGCUUGGGAAUCCAUGAGUUUGGAGAGAUCCAUGGAUGCCCUGAAGUGGUUGCCAAAGCCUGGGGCUUCCUCCUUGAAAACUUUGAGGAAGUGCAACAACACGAGGAGUUUUUGCUGCUGGAGAAAGACCGACUGGUGGCCUGCUUGAAGGACGAGGAUCUGCACGUAAGAGAUGACCGGUCCUGUGCCGAGGCAAUUUUGGCUUGGGUCAGGCAUUGUAUAGAAAAUCGGAUCUGUCACCUGCAAGAAUUGUUAAGCUUGGCUAAGCUUUCCCUCCUCCCAGAAUCCUACCUCACUGAGAACUUGCUUAAGGAGCCAUUGGUGCAGAAUUCGCUAGAAUCCAAAGAGUUGGUGGAGAGAAUAUGUAGAGAGAAACGAGAAAAGACAGGAGAUGUGUCAGAGCAGAGGGUUGCUCAAAAUGCCUUCAACCUGCAGGAGGUUUUAUUUGUGAUGGGUGGUCGCUCACUGGAUGACUCAGAUGAUGAAGAUGAGGAUGAAGAUGAAGGUAGAAGGUUGCACCCCAGAAAUUGUGGUUUCUACAACCCAAAGCUUGGGCAGUGGUUUCAGCUACCUGAUUUUCCCAACUACAAUAAAUGGGGUUAUUCUAUUGUCUCCUUAAACAGCAAUGUUUAUGUCACAGGAGGAUCAAGAGGGUCUCAGUCCAACACCUGGUCCACCACAGAGACCUGGAAGUUCAUCACUCGUGAGGGGAAGUGGGUCACAGUCGCCCCAAUGUUGCGGCCCAGGACUAACCACUCUUCUGCAACUCUUAAUGGAGAGAUUUAUGUAAUUGGUGGAACUACAAUGGAUUUUGUUGAAGUUGAACAUUAUGACCCAUUCAGUAAUUGCUGGACUCUCACAGGCCCAGCACUGAAGUACGUGACUAACUUUACGGCCACGUCGUGUGAAGGAAAGCUGUACCUCAUUGGUUCUUGUGCUGUUAAAUAUAAUGCCCUGACUAUGCAGUGCUACAACCCUGUCAUAGAUAGCUGGUGUAUCAUCUGCUCUCCUUUCAUUCCUAAAUAUCUUUCUUCUCCCCGCUCCGUCUCUAUGGAUGGAGUCAUUUACCUUGUAGCAGAUAACACCAAAAAGGUCUAUUUGUAUGACCCAGAGGGUAAUAUGUGGGAAAAAAUUCAGUUUCUGCACACCCUCCAUGAGAAUGGGGAUUUGGUGGUUCUAGGCAGGCAAUUGUAUGUGACUGGAGGGCACUGGAAGGGCAUGGAGGGGGAUUACGGUGUGGAAGUGGAAGUAUACAACCGUGGCUCCAACACUUGGAAGGUGGAGUGCUUUCUUCCCAGACUCUGGACCUACAGUGGCUGCUGUUCCAUCUUCCUGGACACUUCCCAGUGGACUGAAUUCUUCCCUGAUGAGACUUAAUAUCUGUCCUGUCCCCUAAAUCUCGACUUACAGGGUUAGUUCACCCAAAAAUGAAAAUUAUGCCAUUUAUUACUCACCCUUGUGUCGUUCCACAUCCGCAAGACCUUCGUUCAUCUUUGGAACACAAAUUAAAAUAUUUUUGAUGAGAGGUUUCUGUCUCUCCAUAGAGAUCUAACACAACUACCAAUCCAAGGUCCAGAAAGGUAGAAAAAAGACAUCAUUAAAGUCCUCCAUGUGACUCCAGUGGCUUAAACUCAAUUGUAUGAAGCGACGUAAGUGCUUUGUUUGUGCAAAAAAAAAAAAAAAAACAUAAUUUACCACUUUACUUACAAAAAUAUUGAUCUGCAACGCGUGUUCACAAGAGCUCUACGACGCAUGCGUGUUGUGUUCAGACUUGCGCGUCAACUCAACGCACAUGCGUGAGUGUUCACGAGAGCAUCACGACACAUGCGUGUUGUGUUGGCAUUGUUGUGUGAACAUGCUUUGGAUAAUAUUAUUUUGUAAAUAAAGUGGUAAAUUAUGUUUUUUUUGUUGUUGUUUUUUUUUUUUGCACAAACAAAACACUCACAUUGCUUCAUAAAAUUGAGUUUAAGCCACUGGAGACACAUGGAGUAUUUUAUUAUUUAUUUUUCCUACCUUUCUGGACCUUGGAGUGGUAGUUGCAUUGGAUCUCUAUGGAGAGACAGAAACCUCUCAGACUUCAUCAAAAAUAUCUUAAUUUGUGUUCUGAAGAUGAACGAAGGUUUUAUGGGUGUGGAACGACAAAAGGGUGAGUAAUAAAUGACAGAAUUUCCAUUUUUGAGUGAACUAACCCUUUAAGCUUUGGGGCAAAAUGUCACCUUUUCUCAGCCUUCUGGUGAUUAUCAUUUAGAAAAUAAGAAUUGCAUAAUCACUUAAUAAAUAACACAAUGUAAUUUGUUGUACUCCCAAGAUAAAAUCAAUUAUUGUUUUUAUUUGUGAAAAUUGUGUAGCUAUAUCGAGUUUUGUUUUGUAAUAUGUAUUUGAUAAGGGAUAUGUUUUUUUUCCUGUCUUAUAUAGCUGUUCUUUGCCUUCAUAUGGUCAUUAACUCUUUGAAUUAAAUGGCCUUUAGGUUGACAUUUUAAUAUAAUGGAUGAUACAUUUUUUAAGCAUUUUUACCAGUUGUAUCACAUGCUACUUAUUUUGUCCAGUAAAAAGUAAAUGUAAAAUUGUAAUUAU